AUUCAUUAUAAUAAGUCUUUCACAGUACACACAACAUUGAAGUGCAAUUAUUUUAGUAAAUAUACUAAAUAGUAUAUAGCAGUCUUGUGGCUUCUAUCAGUGUCCAGAAGGGCACUGGUUACAGCUUGUAGGAGGAGUUUUCAUUUUGCUGUAGGAGAAUUCAGAACCCCUGAUCUCUUUCUGGACAGUACUGAUUGGCCCUUUGCUGAUCACAUGCAUUCUCCCAAGAAAAAAAAAACCUCUCUAGCAAUAUACACCAAACUGAAGCAUGUGCAGAGUGACUCCACACGAUGUGUCUUAUCAGGAGCUAAGAGGGGGACACUGGAAGAAGGGGAGGAUCGGAGAAGACAGAAUCAAACCUCUUUUUUGCACAAUGUGGAGGAUUAAUCCCUUAGGUUCCACAGUGAGUGUAUCAAGCAUGCUUUACUGCAUAUACAGACUGAUUUUACUGUGGGUU